AUGGACAUUUCUGUGAUAAGGAAGACCACCAAUGAAACUAUUUAUUUAAAAAGAUUCUCGAAUCUUCGUACUAAACAGUUUCUUGUUGAACAAAAUGAAGGGCUUCUCGUGAAUUAUACUAAUUGUAAUUCAAAUGAAGCUCCAGAAUUCGAAUACCAAUAUACUGUUUUAGGACACCGAAUAUGUGGACCCAUCCUGAAGCGUGUUGGUUAUGAGCAAAAAAUUAUUCAGCAGAUUCGCGAAGUAAGCAGAAGUGGCAACUGCUCAUAUCAUCUCAUCCCAUCGAACGCUGAAAAUAUCGGAAUGGAAACAUUGUUCAUAUCCUCUACGCCAAAGAAAACAAUUGAAGUGACAAUCGACGAUGACGAGAAAAACAUUCAGAGAGGGGAACUCAUUGUCGUGAGGAACUGGACGUCAGUCGACCUCCUCAAUAGCUUUGAGGUAGAGUCGUCCGCUCGAGGUGGUUCGAAAACUCUCGAGGAGAUAGUUGCAAUUUCCACAACAAGUUCGUGCUCGUGUGACAUCAGUCGCAUCACCCUGUUUCCUGAAGAAAUGGUAGAACUUCAUACUCCUGGCUUUCCUGACUUCCUCUGCCCAUCUGCUCGAUGCGAAACUCUGAUUUUACUUUCGGAACGCAAUGAAACUGAGGAAUUCGAACAACGCGUCUUGGUGAGAGUCGAUGCUGUUGCUUGGAACACAUCGGAACUUCGUCUAUCGUCGGGAACGCAGGAAAUUCUGUUUAAUGAGAAAACAUUCUCGAGAUUGUCGACAAAUUUUCUGCUCGAUUAUCAAAACGUGAAAGUCACUUACACGACCACACAGGACUUUCGUGUUGGAACAGAGGGGCAGUUCGCAGUGCAAGUUAUGAAUGUAAAAAUUCGAAAAGCCUGCGACUGCUCCCUCUUCGGUCAAAAAAAGUUUGUGGAGGAUUGGUCCCAGAAAAUCAGUAUACCGUCAGACUGUGAGGUGAUGUUCUGUGAUUGGAUAAUCAGUGCAUCCGCCAAAAAAAGGCCGAGAGAGAUUACCAUCCAAAUCGAUAAUGCUCAUGACGAGGACCAAAUGUUUAUCUGGAAUUCGAAAAUCAUGGAAAAAUACCCGUCAGACUAUUUGGAUCAGCCAAGAAAAGUCUACAUAAAUGAUUCAAGUUCCGACACGCACAUUUUUUUCAGAAGGAACUCCAGUGGUCCCACUUCAAUAGUCAAUGUGUCCUGGAAGACUUUGCAUGAUGUUGACUGCGAAACAUUCACAAAAAUAUCACUCACGAAAAAUCCGAAAGCUUUUAUUUCUCCAAACUAUCCGAUGGGAUAUGCACACUGGGGAAGUUGUACACUUCUUCUGACAGCUCCCAAAAAUUAUUAUAUCACUGUGUUCAUUAAUGAAUUAGAACUGGAAGCAGCCCAUUAUAUUGGAUUUUGGGACGGAACAUCUUCCGGAGCUCCUAAGCUUGCAAAAUUCACCGGCACGGAGUAUAAUCGAGAGUUCUCGUCUACUGGAAACAACGUGUUUGUGGAGUUUAUUUCUUAUGGAAGGUCAAAAAAACGAGGAUACCAUUAUAUCGCUUACGCAGUUCGCUCACCGAACGCAACAGAAGAAAUGGAAACAUUUGAAGAAACUACGACUGACUCUCCUCUCAGCACAACAGAAAAACCUGUACCUCCCUCUUUGUUUGUCGAAUCAGUUGUGAUGGUGUUGGCGGAAGAAAUAGUUAAAGACGUCUGUAAUAUGUGCCUCUUUUUCUGGAAUCUUGCUUUCUACGUUAUUGUUAUUGUGCCAAUUGGAUUAGCUGUGUUUUUCUUUGGCCGGGUAAUAGUCAAGAAGUUCAACAGACCGAUUCCUUUUUCUCUCGAAUGGCCCAGUUUCUUAAAAAAGAAGAGUAGAUCAAGCGAUAUGGAAAUGUUGAUACGGUGA